AUGUCCAAGGACGACAGGAAGGAACCAGGUUACGACCUGGGCAGCACUGAGACCAAUGGAGAAUAUUUCGAUACCAUCACUGCUCUGGUCGCUGCAGACCAUGAGCAUGAAAUCAAGCUUCGGACCAUGACUUGGCAGAAGACGGCCUGCCUGCUUGCCGGUGAGCAGGUUUGCUUGGCCAUUAUGGCGCAGACUUGGUCCCUCUCCGUCCUCGGAUGGGUUCCCGGUAUCAUUACUAUGGUCCUCUGCGGAUUCUUCUUUUGGGUGACCUCGAUCACGAUGCAUAAAUAUAUCAUGAAGCAUCCUCAUAUUAUGGAUAUCUGCGAUUUCGGAUACCAUGUAUUCGGACAGAGCAAAGUUGCCUACAUCUUCUCCGCAUUCAUGAUGCUUGCGAACAAUAUUCUCCUCAUCGGAUUCCACGUCUUGACCGGCGCCAAGGUCCUGAAUACCCUCUCGGAUCACUCAUUGUGCACUGCCGUCUUCUCGAUAAUCGUGACUAUCAUGGGAAUCGUCAUGUCCUUCCCCCGAACCUUGCAACAUGUUAGCCUCAUGUCAAUGUUCUCAUCCGCCUGCAUGGGUAUCGCAGUUAUUCUCUUCCUCGUCUACGCCGGUAUCGAAAAAGCCCCUCUCUACGGAUACAACGGCAGCUACCCGACAGACGGAGCCGUGAGGACCUAUGCCUUCCCUCUACCAGGCACCACAUGGGUCGCCUGUAUGAACGCCGUGAUGAACAUCACCUUUAUCUGGGUGCCGCAAAUCCUGUUCCCAACCUUCAUCUCAGAGAUGGAAAGGCCGCAAGAUUUCCCCAAAGCAUUGGCCGUUCUCGGCGUGAUCUCCGCGAUCCUUUUUAUCGCCCCUUCAGCCAUUGGAUUCCACUACCUGGGCCAGUAUUCCACCGCUCCAGCCUUCGGCAGUUUGGGCGUGGUGUCAUACAAGAAAUCGUCCUUCGGCUUCGUCAUCGUCCCCACCCUGAUCAUCGGCGUGAUCUACGCCAAUGUGACUGCGAAAUUCCUCUACACGCGCAUCCUCGGCAAGUCCCGACACUCGCACAGCCACACCGUGCUUGGAUGGACUGUGUGGGUGUUGAUCAUGGUAGCGAUCUGGGUGCUCGGGUUUGUCUUUGCAGAGAUCAUUCCCAGCAUGGGUGAUUUCCUUUCCCUCCUGAGCGCGGCCUUUGAUUCCUUCUUCGGGUUCAUUUAUUUCGCCGUCGCGUACUGGCAGCUCAACCGGGGAUCGCUGUUCAGCGGUCUCGGGAGAACCGCUAACACUCUGCUCAAUCUUCUCAUCUUGAUGAUUGGUCUGUUCUUGCUGGGUCCGGGGCUGUAUGCAGCCGUUGAGGCCAUCAUUUCUGACUACUCGGGUUCGGUCGAGCCUGCCUUUACUUGUGCCAAUAUGGCUAUCUAA